ACGUAAAGAAGACUGUCAAGCCAGGAAAACGGAAAUACCAGGAGCUUGGGCAGGAUGCGAUCUUUUCCUUAAACUAAUGGUUUGUUAAUUAUUAAGAAGGAAAAACUAAUAUAACAACGCCGUAGACCAAACUGCAGCUAUGACCAAUGUGUAUUCCUUUGACGGCAUCCUUGUGUUUGGGCUGCUGUUCAUCUGCACAUGUGCAUACCUCAAAAAGGUGCCUCGGCUCAACAGCUGGUUGCUGUCAGAAAAGAAAGGAGUGUGGGGCGUCUUCUACAAAGCUGCAAUAAUUGGGACAAGGCUUCACAUCCCUGUGGCAAUUUCCUGCUUGAUCAUGGCCUUUUACGUCAUCUUCCUGAAAUGAUAAUCAGCCUGGACUGGAGGGACUGGAUGGCUGCAGGCUGGGAAUGGACUCAUUUCUGUGGUCCUGUGUUAAUCCUCACUCUGGGGGUCUCCUAAGUGACAGAUGAUACCCCACUGGGCAUGUGGACCUCUUGUAAAUAUUAAGCCAGUGCUGCCCCCUUCUGGUGACUAGGAAUUCAAACCCUCCCUGUAUAUUUGUGCACUACAGACAUGGGGGACUGUGAAUCUACAGAGAAGGCCCACAGGUUCACUUGAUUCCAUUCUAUUGUUGGGUUAUAUUGAUGGCUCUCUCUAACUUACACACUCACUGGGUUAUUAUUAUUAUUGUACUGAAGGACACGGGAGGUUGAAUGGAUAAAUGUACAUGCUACAUUUUACCUGUGUCCUAUUCAAGUUUUGCCACGCUAUACCUAGCAAAGAAAAAAAAUAAAUAGAAAUCAAAUGAUUCAUUCAA